UGAGCUUUCGCGUGAAUAGCAAUCAAUUAAAUACCUAAGCAGGAGUCGAAGAUUCUCUAAAAAAUUGCGAUGGAGCUCAAAACUAUAUUCAGAGUCGUGGAGCUGAUAAUAGCUAUUGUUCUCCUGGUUAUUUGGUAUGUGUUGGGCAUGUAUGCAUACAGAUAUAUGCUCGUUUGUGGCACUGUUUUUGGAUUCGUCGUAAUUACCGCUGUGUUAGUGGGCCUUGAAUUUGCUGAUUUCGAACCCGCUUUGGCUUUCUCAAUCAUUGGUGGUAUUUUAUUUAUUAUUUGUGGUGGCAUAGUUAUUGGCACGAUGCCCGGCUAUGGCGACGGAAGAGUCACUUGUAUAAUCGCAGCUGCUCUAUUCUUUUGUAAUGGUAUCCUAUUUAUAUUUGAUUUCGUUAUGGAAAUUAAAAACUAAUUCGAAAUGUGUUGGCUGUAUGCAUGUAAAUGUUAUUGCGAAAAAUUUAAUAUACUUGUACAAAGAUUUUAUCAUCCUGAGAAAAAGAUUUGAAAUUAUACAGUCUGUGUCAAA